AUUUGUUCUUCACUUGUCUACUCGACAACUGAGCCCCUCAACUACAAGUUGCUUAUAUCUUCAAAUCUACUACCAUUCUAACAAAGGCAAGUGUUCGUGCCUAUUGCUCUUCGUUUCUCCCGUUCCUCUGCGCAAUAUAGUGUUGACAGGAUCCUCGCGCUAUGGGAGUGGUGCUACCCAGACUACUGGACGGGCGACGGCUACACGGAACCGCGUGAUAAUAGCAGAUCCUUUUCAUGGACUCAGGUGAGUGCAGUAUUAUGGAGUGUAAUGAAAUUCUGAUCUUUUUUACCUUACAUGCAAGUAUAAACGAGAAACUUCUUCCUACCGGUGUUCGCGGUUCCCUGUAUCCGUUCAGAUUGGAGAACGGCGAGUACUGGAAUUCUGAACAAACCCGUUUCCUCUACAAAGAUAACAAAGACGCAUAUCCGAAGUACUAUUCUUAUGAUGAAUUCCUGGGCAUUAGGAUUGACCAGGAGACCCCUGCGGAGAACCGCCGUGCUGUUCGGAAAAGAAUUUACAAAUACUACGGUUUUGAUUGCAGCGGAGCAGCAGAGAACAGAAAAGAUGCAGAUAAGAUAUCGUGGAGCCACAUUCCCGUCCGGCCUGCAAAGGAAGCUGGACUUCCUAAGGGCUUCGAGGAGAUAGACCAUUUCCGUACUUUUGUCGUCGCCGUUCAGCUUCCAGAGCACGCCUUCAACAGGACAUACAGCUUCGAAUUGCGUUACAACCGAGGCACUGAAUCUAGGUCCAUCAGCGCGGUCACUGUGUUCGCCCGACCUGACCGUUCGCCUUGCAAGGCCUGUGCUAAGCACCGCUCCAACGGUUCGAUCAUCCAUGGGGCCAUCCCACUGCCUUUCGACAUCGUUAACGAACUCGUCGUCAAGACUCGCACUGGGAAUACUACCGCCACCAUUGAAACCACUGUUAUCGCAACUGCGCAGGGCAGUGACGAGACAUCUCCCAUUUCGGACAAAGAUAAGUUAUCAUCCACCGUCGCACCUGCGAAGGUGGCCCUGUAUGCGUCGGGCGUUGCGAAGACAGGCGAUCCUGACCAACCCGUCUGCUGCUCUAAGUUACGGCGAUGGCUGACUUCUGUCAAUUCCCAUCAUAGCGCGGAUGGAAAGUCGCAGACAGCGAAGACAAGUAAAUUUCGCAAUUCCAGAACUUCAGUAUGCCUCUUCCUUGAAUCAUGGAUGUACGAGAAUGUAGGAUGCAGCGGUAACUUCAGAAAACCCUUGGCAAUUUGA